GUUUUAGGCGAGUUUCAAACCCGCCUAGCGCUUUAUAAGAGCCCGCCAGCCGCCUACUUUCGAACCCGCCUACCAGCCCAGUCCAAUUCCCAACUCGGCUGCCACUAGCCCAAUUCGAAACUCGAAAUUCAUCCAGUCCCGACUUCACAGUCGCGUACCAAAGCAUCAGUCAAGAGCUCCACACGACCAAUCCGUAUCAAUGUCUCAAGUCCUCACACUCUCGACCCGCGUCGCCGACGGCGUGAAACCGCCCCUGUACCUCCCCCCUCCAAAGCCAGACUUGCGCUAUGCCCGCCGCCCCGAAUCAGGGAAACUCGCCGUGUACCUGUGGAGAUGGAGGAUGUGGUUUGAAGGUACCUUUGCUUUGACUGUUAUGGAGACUUGGGAGCGGUGGCUUGUCAUUUCGAUCUUCGCGACCCUGUGCGCCCUCGUCCUAACCUUCCUCAUCAAGUUCCUACCACACAACCUGCUCAGCAUGCAGAAGAGGGCGAUUUACUAUCUCUGGGGACAAGCGACCGGGCUGGAAGGAGAAGAGGGAUUGUUGAAACAGUUGGAGAGACUUGGACUUGCGGGUGUAGGACCGAAUGGCAAGUAAUUGCAAGCCGUGGACAUUGGACGCCACUGGUAACACCUACAAGUUAACGAGAAAGAAUGGAAGAAGCAACAUCACCUUCGUAC